AUGGCGACCACAUUAAUUCAAGACCUCUUCGAGACUAUUCGAAAGUCGUUUCCAGAAUCGCUUCCCCAGGAUUCUUGGUACAUCCCAUCCCAGGCAUCAGCGUUGCUAGCAACAGAUGGAGGAGAAAACUUCGCGGCUCUUUACAAAUACGCGAUCAAGCAGCUAGGACCUGGCUCUAGCAGUGAAGCACGAAAAAACGUAUCCCGCCGCCUCCGCGAAGUCAUUAUCAAGACAUGGACGCUCCUGGGCCUUCCGAAAGUCUUUCCAGCAUACUACUCGCUUGCCAGCGCCGAAGCCCCUGGAGAUGCUGCCGCAGAUUUCGAAAGAUCUGAGCGCCGGGCGAAUCUUCAUCCAGAUGAAGUAUCUGCACGGGGCCAGGACUGGAUCGAAAGGGAGCUCGCAGAUGAUGGGGAGGUGGUCAGGAAGUCGCUGUCUACAAACCCAGACCUGGCUUGGACAAUGAAGUUCAUUCAGUACGGCUACUUCUUCGCCGACACUUCCGUCUUGGGCACCAUCGAGAAUGAGAUGUGCAUCCUCGCGGCUCUGAUGGGGCAGGGAGCACAGAUCGCAACGUUUGUGCAUAUGAAGAGUUUAAGAAGACUGGGGGCUUCAAAGUCCGAGGCGGAAGCUUUCCAGGACGUUGUGGUGAAGGUUGCUGUGUUUCAGGGGAAGAAUACGAGCUCGUGGCAUCGAUUCGAGGAGAUUGAGCAUUUGUUCGAAUAGCUUCACGUCGGAUAAUCAAUUGCUCUUCCAGACAUGAAAAUUCGGUGAAAGUGCGGAGUAGAGCUUAGUCUCAGAAAUAUGCAUUCGGCUCGUGUGC